UUAGUAGCUUUAAUUAUUCUCCUUUAUCCUGUUAGCCUUUGUCUAGUCGUAGAGAUCGACGUGCAGAAUCAGAUGGUGCUGCUGGAGGAUGGUGAGGCCCUGCCCUUCUCCCAUCUUUUCCUGGCCACUGGCAGCACCGGGCUCUUCCCGGGCAAGUUUAACCAGGUUUCCAGCCGGGAGCUGGCUAUCCAGGCCUUUGAGGACAUGGUGAAGCAGGUCCAGCGCUCACAGUCCGUGGUGGUGGUGGGAGGCGGCUCUGCCGGCGUGAAGAUGGCAGCGGAGGUUAAGACGGAAUUCCCCGAAAAAGAGGUCACUCUCAUCCACUCCCAAGUGGCCCUUGCCGACAAGGAGCUCCUGCCCUGUGUCCGGCAGGAAGCGAAGGACAUUCUGCUCCGGAAAGGCAUGCAGCUGCUGCUGAGUGAGCGGGUGAGCAACCUGGAGGACCUGCCUCUUAACAAGUAUCGAGAGCGCAUCCAAGUGCACACGGACAAAGGCACGGAGGUGGCCACCAACUUGGUGAUCGUCUGCAACGGCAUUAAAGUCAACAGCUCUGCCUACCACAGUGCAUUUGAUGGUCCUGCCAGCAAUGGCGCUCUGAGAGUGAACGAGUACCUCCAGGUGGAGGGCUACAGUCACAUCUACACCAUUGGCAACUGUGCGGACGUGAAGGAGCCCAAGAUGGCCUAUCACGCCGACCUCCAUGCCAGCGUCACUGUGGCCAACAUUGUCAACUCCAGGAAACAGAGGCCCCUCAAGGCCUAUAAGCCAGGUGCGCUGACGUUCCUCCUGGCCAUGGGGAGAAAUAACGGCGUGGGCCAGAUCAGUGGCUUCUAUGUGGGGUGGCUCAUGGUGUGGCUGGCCAAGAGCCGGGACCUGUUCGUCUCCUCUAGCUGGAAGACCAUGCGACAGUCUCCACCUUGAAGUGGAGCUGGGCGGGAGACAGGAUGGCUGCCCCACUGGAGGCCUCACCCAGGACUCCCUUCCUGUGAACCAAGGCCAACCAGGCUCCCCUUCUGGAAACAGGACCUGCUGCCACUCGAGAGGCGCAGGCUGUUCCGUGCUGUCUGACCUUGGGGCCUAGCAGGGUAGGAGGCUCAGCCCGUUGUUCUGUUUGUAACGUUUUACAAGCGUCCAUCCAUGGGGACACAGUUCUCCAAACUGAGGAAAUUGUUGCAAUAAAAGACUAUAUUGUAAGGAAAAAAAAAGUGUUGAACCAGCUUUGCUUCCCGGGGAUAAAUCCCACUUGGUCAUGGUGAAUAAUCUUCUUAAUAUAUUGUUGGAUCCUAUUGGCUAGUAUCUUGUUGAGAAUUUUUACAUCCAUGUUUAUCAGGGAUAUUGGUCUGUAAUUCUCCUUUUUGGUGGGGUCUUUGUCUGGUUUUGGAAUUAAGGUGAUGCUGGCCUCAUAGAAUGAAUUUGGAAGUACUCCAUCUCUUUCUACUUUCCAAACAG